AGCAAACUCAACAACACCCUCUCUCUCUACCAACUCACCCGGUUCUCUUACAUUCGUUGUAGGCCCUCUAUCUCUCGUCACUAUGUUAUCCAGUGGACAGCUGGAAUUGAAGGAGGUCGGCUCGGCCCGUUCUCCACAUGUAGAAGAGAGAAAUGGUUCUCUUGAUCCCGAGUUGUCCGACGAUGUUAAGGCAGGCUUCACCGUGAACGAUCAGCGGGACAUGCAGCGCAUGGGCAAGAAGCAGGAACUACGGCUCCAAUACCCCUGGUCUGACAGCUGGCGGACGACCUGCUCUGUUUUGGUCCCUAGUAUGGGCAUACUGCGGGCAGCUCUUCAUCGUGCUGUCCAUGGCGGAGAUGUCAUCUAUUGGGUUUCCGAAUUCGCUCCUCGGGCUUACCAGAAGUUUCUCAGUUAUGCCUCGGGUCUCAUCUCACUGAAUGAUGACAGUUACUCUCCAGCGCGCUGGCAGGGAACAUUGCUUGUUUUUGCCGCAGCGAUCGGCAUGUCGUUGUUCAAUAUCUUCGGUGCGAAACAUCUGCCCUUGGCGGAAGGGAUAUUCGUGACCUGUCAUUUCUUUGCUUUCAUUCCAGUGAUUGUCACCCUGCUUGUGCUCGCUCCAAAGGCAAAGGCAGAAGAUGUCUUCACUGGGUUUACCGAUUAUGGUUCCGGAUGGCCAUCUGUUUCAUGGACGGUCAUGGUCGGCCAAGUAUCUUGCAUGUUUGUCGUGCUAGGUUCUGACUCUGUCGCACACAUGUCGGAAGAGAUUGAAAACGCCAGCGUCAUCGUUCCAAAGUCGAUGAUCUGGGCGUUCCUCCUGAACAUCCCCUUUGCCUUUGGCCUGCUCCUCACCUAUCUGUUCUGUAUGCCCGACGUGCAAAGUGCUCUCGACUCCCCCACGGGAUUCCCUUUUAUCCAUGUCUUCCGCCAGGCAGUUGGUAAUACUGCCGGUGCGACGAUACUUGUGGUGAUUGUGCUUGUCUUGAUUGUCAUGAUCACGAUUAGCUCUCUGGCAUCGGCUUCGCGUCAGACAUUUGCCUUUGCCCGCGACAAUGGCCUACCUUUUUCAAACUGGUUAGGAGAGGUUAACCCACGACUACAUAUCCCAGUCAACUCUAUCAUUGUCACUUGUCUCUUCUCGAUGGCAAUGUCUCUCAUCAAUAUUGGCUCUACCGUCGCGUUCAAUGCCAUGCUCUCCCUCUCGACCACUGCGUUGAUGGCCACCUAUCUCAUCUCUAUCGGUUGUAUUAUUGCGCGUCGCAUUUCCUGCAAUCCACCACUUCCACCCUCUCGGUGGACACUGGGUCGUUUCGGCAUGCCCGUUAACAUCUUGGCCAUGGUGUAUGCCAGCUGGUCUUUCUUCUGGAGUUUCUGGCCCAAUGCGUACCACGUCAAUGCGGAGAACUUCAACUGGGCGUCGGUGUUGUUCGUGGGGCUGAUGGGAAUCUCGACGAUUGUGUAUUGGACAUAUGCGAGGAAGUACUAUGAUGGGCCGGUGGUUAAGGUGGAGGGAAGGAAGUUCCAGUAG